AUGGUGACAGUUCCUAUUCAGUUUGAAAUAUUCGUCGACAGGCUUGUCGGUAAAAUUAAAAUUAGUCUCCGUAUCCAUCCUCAUCUCAUCAGCAUAUGCGGCAAUUGAUUGAAAAUGGCGAAAAUUCCGAUGAGGUCUAUCCUCACCAUCUUUUGGGCUUUUGACACUUGCUGCAAUUGCCAAUCAAUCGACCCUGGCGUUUCCUCUUCUUGGGCGAAACUCCAAAUCUCACCGGAUGCGUUAAGUUCCAUGGAGUACGGCAAUUUUCUCAUUGACAUUUAUGAACACGCCCACAAUCACAAGGCGACGAAAACUAGCGAGAAAAAGUAUUUCUACUCUCCAAUUGCGAUUUUGGACCACAAAAGCGCUGUUAGUGUAUACAACAACGUCACGAAGCAACCAGAGAUGAGAUUCCGCAUUGAAAUGUGGAACGAAAAAGUCCAGAAUGAAGUUGUGAAACAUCUGUUCAAAUCCAUCGAUAAAGGAAUACAACCUGAUAACGUGAAAAUUAUUCCGUUGGAGAAUGUCAUUCUUGCCAGCAAAAGACCUUCAGUAGAUUAUUCUUUAUCGCCAGUGUGGGCGAAUUAUGACAAGAGUAAGACCCUGAAGCUUUCUCUGUCGUGUUAUGACCAGAAAGUCUGCGACGGACUGGCCAAUGAAAUGCGAUCUAAUCCCGAACAAUUCGACCAUUUCAAACUCCUCUACAGUUUGUCAUCGCAGACGUCGCAAACCAAACAUACGUCCAUCACCAUCGACAGCGUCAUUUCCGGUCAAAUGGUAACUGCUCUUUUACAGAAAUUUAAAAAGAUAAAAGAGAUUUUUCUGACAGCCAACGACGAAAAGAAAAUGUUGACGGAAACGACUACUAACAUCCGAAUGGAUACAUUUGACGAAUCCGAGGUCGUGACUCCAGAAACGGAAACUCAAAUUUUAAAUAUUUUAAAGGAUUUGCUAGUCACGUCCAGGACGACUAUCAAAGAACAAUGCGACAAAAUGUGGGACUCUGUUUUCUGGAAUGAAGACAAUUACCGGCCGGACAAAACGACGAAAACAUUGAAUGAAAUCAUCAAGAAACUGGACACUGAAACUCAAAAGAAAUUGGCGGAUAUGUUUGAAGAAGAGGACAGGCAAUCGGUAUUAAUGGAAAUGCUAACUUCGAGUGAUAAAAACGAGGAGACAAGACAAGAGGAAGAAAUUCAACCUGUAAGUCAAUCGGAAAAUGCAGGUGAAAAUGAAAUUGAAUCAACGGAAGAAGAACAAUUCAGCCGCAAUCGAAUCGAGAAAUGCCAACUUGCAAAGAACCAGUUGGAUGAGCAAAAUCUAAAUUCUGAGAAUAAAGAAAGAAUCCAGCACAAUUACAACUCAAACAAUUGGGCUGACAUAGACGGAAUAAUUUCAAAAAUUUCAGAGAAAAUGUCAAACGAAUCUGAUAGUUCACGGCGGAACGAAAUUUUGAAGGAAGACGUGGCAAAGUUAUUACAAGAAAGUAGAGACCACGUCCUUUGGGAUGGAGACAAAUUCGUACCCAAACCCAUGAAACUCGCCAGAAUAAAUUUGGCCAAAUAUCGCGGAUCUCAUCAAUCGUUUCAGGAUCGCAACGUCCUUCUCCGUUACUCGAACGCCGAACUGUCGGCGCCAAUCAAAUUUCUGGAACACGCAGAAUUCAAUGUCGUCAACGAAUGGGAAAAUAUAAAGGACGAACUAAAAGAAACUAAAGAACUCUUAAAAACAACUACUAUGAACUUGGCGAAAACCAAUACUGAACUGUUUAACGUGAAGGGUGAUUUAGGCAACACGAGAAUGGAUUUGAUUAAUAAAUUAGAAGGGACUAUGAAUGAAUUGGUGAAAACCAAAAUUGACUUGGAGAAAACGACGGUCAAAACCGUCGACGAUUUAAUAGUAAAGUUAAAUGUGACUCAAAAAGGAUUGACAGAAAUGAAAAUCACCACCGGAAAUUUGUCAACGGUACUUGCAGAAACUGUGAUAUACCUUGGGAAAACGGACAUUGAACUGAAUAACGCGAAAAAUGAUUUGACCAAUACGAAAAUCGAUUUGGCUAGUAAAAUAGAAGGUACUAGGAUUGAGUUGGUGAAAACCAAAAUCGAUUUGGAGAAAUUGACUACUGAUUUAAGUAAAAUGGCGGUCAAAGCUGUCGAUGAUUUAACAGUAAAACUAAAUGCGACUCAAAAAGAAUUAGGGGAAAUGAAAAUCAUCACAGAAAAUUUGUUAAUGGAACAUCAAGAAAGUGUGAUAAACCUGGCGAAAACGGAUUCCGAACUGAAUAACGUGAAAAGUGAUUUUACCGACACGAGAAUCGAUUUGGCUAAUAAAUUGGAAGGUACUAGAAUUGAGUUGAUGAAAACCAAAAUCGAUUUCGAGAAAAGGACUGCUGAUUACAGUGAAAUGACGGACAAAAAAGUCGAUGAUUUAACAGUAAAACUAAAUGUAACUCAAAAAGAAUUGGCAGAAAUAAAAAUCAUCACCGGAAAUUUCUCAGCGGAACUUGAAGAGACUGUAAUGAACUUGGCGCAAACGAAUACCGAACUGACUUACGUGAAGAGUGAUUUAACAAACACGAGAAUGGAUUUGAUUAAUAAAUUAGAAGGGACUAGGAUUGAGUUGGUGCAAACCAAAAUUGACUUGGAGAAAACGACGGCCAAAACCGUCGACGAUUUAAUAGUAAAGUUAAAUGUGACCCAAAAAGGAUUGACAGAAAUGAAAAUCACCACCGGAAAUUUUUCAACGGUACUUGCAGAAACUGUGAUACACCUUGGGAAAACGGAAAUUGAACUGAAUAACGUGAAAAAUGAUUUGACCAAUACGAAAAUCGAUUUGGCUAGUAAAAUAGAAGGUACUAGGAUUGAGUUGGUGAAAACCAAAAUCGAUUUGGAGAAAUUGACUACUGAUUUAAGUAAAAUGACGGUCAAAGCUGUCGAUGAUUUAACAGUACAACUGAAUGCGACUCAAAAAAAAAUAGGGGAAAUGAAAAUCAUCACAGAAAAUUUGUUAAUGGAACAUCAAGAAAGUGUGAUAAACCUGGCGAAAACGGAUACCGAACUGAAUAACGUGAAAAGGGAUUUUACCGACACGAGAAUCGAUUUGGCUAAUAAAUUAGAAGGUACUAGAAUUGAGUUGAUGAAAACCAAAAUCGAUUUCGAGAAAACGACUACUGAUUACAGUGAAAUGGGGGACAAAAAAGUCGAUGAUUUAACAGUAAAACUAAAUGUAACUCAAAAAGAAUUGGCAGAAAUAAAAAUCAUCACCGGAAAAUUCUCAGCGGGACUUAAAGAGACUGUAAUGAACUUGGCGCAAACGAAUAUCGAACUGACUAACGUGAAGAGUGAACAACACGAGAAGCGAUUUUGCUUUUAA